AUGAAUGACACUGAGAUGGUUGAUUCUGAUAUAAAUAUUGAAAACGUUGAUUUCAACAUUGAAAAGGUUUUCAAAAAAAAAGAAGCAUUACUCAGUUGGAAAACAGUUUCAAAAUUAACUGGGACAAAGAAGUGUGGUUGUCCUUUCAAUUUGAGGACUCACAAGUUAGUGGAGGAUGAUGAUUGGAUAUUGGAGGUCGUAUGUGGAAUGCAUAACAAUCCACCUGUAGAACAUCUUGAAGGACAUUCAUAUGCAGGAAGAUUAUCAGAAAUGAAACUACGUUACCUGUGGGUUUGUCAAAGAGUUUGGCAAAAGGUUAUAGAGAUAGCUGGGAGAUCACAAAUGCAACAGUUAUUAAUUGAAUUGGAAAAAUGUAAUUACAUUGAGCGGCAUAGGUGUGACGAGAAGACGAUGACUUUGAUAAACAUCUUUUGGGCACAUCCUAUGAGCACAGAUAUCGUAGUGUUUAUUGAUGAUGACGAUGACGAUGACGAUGACUUUGACUUUAACUUUGCAGGGAGCACAAAUUUUUUCAAAAAUUGA